CAGGAAUCAGAAAGCACACUUACAGGUUUAACAUGUUAAAAUUACACACUCCCGUUCAACUUAUCACCUUCACACUGCUGUUUCUUAUCUUCACUUCUGGGGAAAGCCAGCCACAACUGGCCCACAAAGGCAAGCCUGGCAUGAACAGGAUGGACAAGCAGCAGGUUCACCUUUUUGGUGCAGUGAAGAAAGAAAUCCUCAGUUAUUUGGGUAUGGACAGAGAGCCCAAAACAGCACGGAAGGCCUCACACAGUGAGAUAACAAAGAUGUAUCAGCUCUACGAGGAAAAAUUAAAUGAGGUCAGAACACAUUCCAGUCAACCUGGGAAUUGGAGCCAGCAGCCGACCAUGUCCUCUGUUCUCUUUCCAGUAGAGCAGCUGAAAUUGCUCCGGAGGGGAAGUCGCCGAAAGUUGGGUCAGCGCAUACAUUGGUACAGAGCCAUUUUCCAGAAGAAUCCAAACAUCAAGAUUGGAAUGAUUUUAGCCCGGGCUGAACUGAAGAUUUCCUUGCACACUUUAUAUUCUGUCAAGACCAAAGUGUCACAAGAUUUUAAAGUUAAGAUCAAUGGGUUGAAACCCAUGAUUUCUGCUCCAACAUUCUCAAACUCAAUAGCUAAAUUUAACAUUUCAAGCGCUCAGGAUGUGACAUUGGACAUCAGCCCUGAGGUGAAAGGAUGGAUACGGUCUGAUGAUCAGUCACUGAUUGUAGAUAUUGGGGUAGGUCGGAGAAAAAAAGGUUUACUCAAGUUAAACCCAACCAUAGUUCUGGAAUCGGGGCUCAUACAACUUUACACAUUUAAAAGAACGAGACAGCGUCGCUCCAACAAGGAAGACAAUUGUGACGAACGAGGAUGGUGCUGUCGAAGAUCACUUAUUGUGUCCUUCAAAGACAUUGGCUGGACUGACUGGGUGGUGGCCCCAGCCGAAUACACAAUGCAUUUUUGUGAUGGCACCUGCCCACACAACUACAAACCAGCAAGCAUGCACACACAGGUCAAGUCUCGGCUGCAUGUGAUUACCAAAGGAGGGACGCCGCGCCCCUGCUGUGUGCCAGCAACCUAUGAACCUAUGGUGUUGAUGCACUAUGACAGUAGGGGUAAGUUAAAACUGACUACGUUCAGUGACUUCAUUGUCAGCAAAUGCCACUGUGCCUGAAACGAGAAUGUGUUUGUUCAAAUAUCCAUCCGUCCAUCUAUUUAUCCGUGCUGUAUCCCCUUUCUAUUUUGCUCAGACUAACCUAAUCACUCAAACACAGUAAUGUAUGGUACAUGGUGGGGAAAAACAUAAAAAAAAUCUUUCAUAGAGAAUUUGAUCCCUUCAUAUCAGUCCUUGACUAAAUUAGAAUAGCAAGUGUGUUUGUGACUUGGUUUAAAAUAUUACUUAAAACACACAAAAAAAUAACAAAAACUGCCAGAAAAUGUAUUUCUUAUUUAUUUGAGUUUUAUUUAUUUUUCUACUAGU